UGUGACGGACCCAUGGCGGCGCGGCGGCAGCGGGGUGAGCCGCACCGUUUCUCUUCCGCCGCCCGCCUCACUCCCCGCUCACCCCCCGGAACGCCCCGGUCUGUCCCCGGGGAAGGCUGCGCGGGGAGGCGGCGCUGAGGGCGAGAAGGGAGGGCGGGCUGGCUCCCGGCCGGGAGCUCCCCUCGGCCCCGGAGCCCCACUCUUGCUCCCGUUCCCCCAUCGAGGCUCAAACGGCCGCGCUCGCCGUUUCCAGGCCUGUGCAGCCGGUUGGUUAUGCUGCGUGUGGUUGAGGAGCAGAUCUAUUGGCUUCAUCGGUGCUAAAUCCCACGUUUGGGUGGGCAAAAGGGGGAUCACAGUUGUCCACGUCGGUAGCAGAGAGGAGCAGCUCAUCAUGCCGACCGUGGUGGUGAUGGACGUGUCGCUCUCCAUGACACGGCCGGUGUCGGUGGAGGGCUCUGAGGAGUACCAGCGGAAGCACCUGGCUGUCCAUGGCCUCACCAUGCUGUUUGAGCACAUGGCAACCAACUACAAGCUGGAGUUCACGGCCUUGGUGGUGUUUUCGUCGCUCUGGGAGCUGAUGGUGCCCUUUACGAGAGAUUACAACACGCUUCAGGAGGCCCUGAGUAACAUGGAUGACUAUGACAAAACCUGUUUAGAGUCAGCUCUGCUGGGGGUUUGCAAUAUUGUCCAGCAGGAAUGGGGCGCAGCAAUUCCUUGCCAGGUUGUUCUUGUCACUGAUGGCUGCUUGGGCAUCGGCAGAGGCUCCCUGAGGCACUCACUAGCUACUCACAACCAGCGGAGUGAAAACAACCGCUUUCCACUGCCCUUCCCCUUCCCAUCCAAGUUGUAUGUCAUGUGCAUGGCAAAUCUCGAAGAGCUUCAGAGCACAGAUUCCUUGGACUGCCUGGAGCGGCUCAUAGAUUUGAACAAUGGGGAAGGGCAGAUUUUCACCAUUGAUGGACCCCUUUGCCUGAAGAACGUGCAGUCGAUGUUUGGAAAGCUAAUAGACCUGGCUUAUACACCAUUCCAUGCUGUUCUCAAGUGUGGCCACUUAACAUCUGAUGUGCAAGUAUUUCCCAGACCAGAACCUUUCAUUAUAGAUGAGGAAAUAGACCCCAUUCCUAAAGCAAUUAAUACAGAUCUAGAAAUUGUUGGGUUUGUAGAUAUAGCUGACAUUUCUAGCCCUCCUGUCUUGUCCAGACACUUGGUUCUGCCCAUUGCACUUAACAGAGAAGGUGAUGAGGUGGGACCUGGGAUCACAGAUGACACCGAAGAUGAGAAUUCAGCUAAUCAGAUUGCUGGGAAAAUCCCCAACUUCUGUGUUUUAUUACAUGGCAGUCUGAAAGUGGAAGGCAUGGUGGCUGUCGUCCAGUUGGGGCCGGAGUGGUAUGGAAUGCUCUAUUCACAAGCUGACAGCAAGAAGAAAUCAAACCUCAUGAUGUCACUCUUUGAACCUGGUCCUGAGCCCCUUCCAUGGCUUGGGAAGAUGGCACAGCUUGGACCCAUUUCAGAUGCAAAAGAAAAUCCUUAUGGAGAGGAUGACAAUAAGAGCCCUUUCCCCUUGCAACCCAAGAACAAACGCAGCUACGCACAGAAUGUUACCGUAUGGAUUAAACCAAGUGGCCUCCAGACGGAUGUACAGAAGAUCCUGAGAAAUGCAAGGAAACUCCCAGAAAAAACUCAAACCUUCUAUAAAGAACUGAAUCGCUUACGAAAGGCAGCUCUGGCCUUUGGCUUUUUGGACCUCCUGAAAGGUGUGGCAGACAUGCUGGAACGGGAGUGCACUCUGCUUCCUGACACGGCUCACCCCGACGCAGCCUUUCAGCUCACACACGCUGCUCAGCAGCUCAAAGUGGCAAGUACUGGAGCGUCGGAAUAUGCUGCCUAUGAUCAUAACAUUGCUCCACUCCAGACAGACUUUUCCAGUAGCACCACUGAAAGAAUGUGAAGUCUCCAUUUGGGGAACUUCUAUAGAUUAACACUCAAGUGGUUCGAAUUUUCUUGCCCUGCUUACUUCUAGGGCAUGUUUAAUUACUGUUUGGAGAACUUCCUCUCAAAAUGGGGUCCCUUACCUGCAUCAGUGCUCUCUAAAGAAAUAUAGCUAGUUUGCGGGGGCUUUAGUCAGACCUGGAAACAGUAGAAAGCAUCCCAAAGUCAGUUACUGUGUUGGAUGAUGGGUGGAAGUUACUCAGUACAUGAGAGGAAAGAAAAUGCCAUCAGGCAGCAGACUGCUCAUGGCUUUUGGCCUCCCCAAAACGCAGUUACUACAUGACGGAAAUCACUGGUAAAAGUAUCCUAAAAGGCAGCUACUGUACUUUAUACAGUGACUUGAUUAGUCCAAAGAAAACGUGUGAGAAUCACUGUGCAAGAUGAGAUAAACAGCUAAUUACAGGGUGUUGUCUCUGAUUUUAUGCCCGACUUGAACGUCAGUCUGUACUGCCCUAAUGAGAGUUACCACUUGCAUAGCAGUGCUUAUGCUUGUGAAAGUAACUGAAAUCUUGUGAGACGUGUUUUUUAUUUGUGUAAUAUUAAUAAAGAGUAAUUCUUCAUUAAAAUUUAA